AGCGACGGCUGGUUCCGGGUCCUGUGACCGAUCAGGCGGUGGCGCGGGCGCGGGCACGGUCUCGGGGAAGUUUCGACGGCCAGCGGGGGUCCGGCGCGGGGCUGAGCCCGCCGGAGAGCAGCCGGCCGGCAGGAGUGGGGCUGGAGGCGCUCAUGGCGGGCGGCGGGGCCGGGGACCUGGGACUGGGGGUGGCCGCCACCGGGGCGCCGGAGACCCGCGAGCACCUCUUCAAGGUGCUGGUCAUCGGCGAACUCGGAGUGGGCAAGACCAGCAUCAUCAAGCGCUACGUUCACCAGCUCUUCUCCCAGCACUACCGGGCCACCAUCGGGGUGGACUUCGCACUCAAAGUCCUUAACUGGGACAGCAGGACGCUGGUGCGCCUGCAACUGUGGGACAUCGCGGGGCAGGAGCGGUUUGGCAACAUGACCCGAGUCUACUAUAAAGAAGCUGUUGGUGCCCUUGUAGUCUUUGAUAUAUCAAGAGGUUCCACGUUUGAGGCCGUCUUAAAAUGGAAAAAUGAUCUGGAUAGUAAAGUCCAUCUUCCAAGUGGCGGCCCUAUUCCUGCUGUUCUUUUAGCUAAUAAAUGUGACCAGAAGAAGGACAGUGGGCAGAACUCUUCCCAGAUGGACCAGUUCUGCAAAGAACACGGCUUCAGUGGAUGGUUUGAAACCUCCGCCAAGGAUAACAUAAACAUAGAUGAAGCAGCCCGGUUUCUGGUGGAGAACAUUCUCAUGAACCAGCAAAGCUUUCCUAAUGAAGAAAACGAUGCGGACAAAAUUAAACUGGAUCUCAAGGCCUCGCCCGUGGAUAACAAAUCCCAGUGCUGCUGAUGUGGCUGUGGCUCCUUGCUCCUUUCCUUGCUCCCACUGGCGAGAGGCAGCCUGACUUGAUUUCUCCACUUGGAGCAAAUUCCUGAGAACAGAGUAAGCUGGUGGAUGUGCUGCUCUGGGCAUCUACCCAGGGCUGUGCGUCCACAGGACAGCGAGGGCGCCCGGGAGCCUAAGCUGAAAUGGGGUGUCAUGGCUCUGCACCUUGGAGCCAACACUUAGGCCUCUGUUGUUGUUGCUGCCAUCAUAUUCAGGAUAAUGUUUACAUCCUUCUGAACGCCUUCUCAAAGGACAGUGCUCAGGGUUUGGUAAGGGUUCCAGAUUGUGGAUCUUACUGUAAGCACUGGGGUGGUAAUAAAACUUUCCCUGCCGUUUACAGUAAUUUUAUGAGUCCGUAUUUUUGUGUUUCGGCUUCCCUUUUGAGGGAAGUUUUUAGACUGUUAGCCACAGAAGGCUUGACAUUUCUGUUCGGCAGUUUGUGGGCUUUUUUCUCAAAAUUUCUCUCUUAACUAGCGCUAGUCUUUUCAAAUUUGUAAUAGUCACAGUCAAGGAGAGAAUGUAUUUCAAAGCACAUACAAUUAGAUCGAAGAUUCUUUUAGUAUGAAUUGUGAAAAACUAAGUCAGGUGUGGUUUUAUAUAAAGUUUUGGGCAUUUAAAGUAUAAAUCAUGAGAAAUGUAAGUCUGGCUCACAAUCUUUGUAUUACCACUCAGUCCAAUUAAGAACAGAAUAAACAUUUUGACAGAA